AGUCUGAUUUGAACUUUUCGAGUGUAAGCACGUAUUGUUGUCGAUGAAAUCGUCAUCGUCAUCGUUUUCUUCUUCUUUUUCUGUGUACCUAUAAAAAAAAGAAAACCAAGAAUAGGGAAAAGACAAGAACAUUUUAUAUUUUCCCGAAUACGCGUAUAAGAACUGUAAUCGUAUUUCUUAUGUGCAUAUAAAUACGAAAUAAACGAAUCGACAACAAAUUGUUUACAGAAAAAAUUAAGAGAAGAUUCGUCUUGAAAACUUUUGUGAAUUAUGUGUGUUGUUGAAAAGCUGAGUGUGAUUUUACAUGUUAUGUGCUUUGCAAAAUUUGUACAUCGAAUUAGUUUCAAAUUGAGAAAUUAACACUAGUGAAACAAAAUAAUCGAUUUGAAAUUCAUACGAGUUUUUUUCAAUUUCCCGUUUAUUCAGUGUAUUUAUGUUGAAAUAAAACUACAUAUGCUGCAUUCAAAAUAUGAAACAAAUAAUUGUUUGAAACAGUGCUUAGUUUGAAAAAUUGGUUCACUGGUUUGCACUAUUAUUUUCAUCUGAUUUGGAUUUGAAAAGAAGAAAUUUAGAAGAUUUACACAAAAAAAGCUAGUGUUGUGACUGGGAUUCACAAGUGGUUCUAAGAAUGAAGCAAACCAUCGAAGGUUUGUUCACAAAUCUAGUGAAUAUCGGAUGAAAUAUAAUGUGCAUCUCGUUAAAAGAUUGUUUUGUGAAUGAAUAUAACGCGAAAGACUACUGAGAUAGAAUUUCUAGUGCAGAAAAUAACACGAAUUUGAACGACAUUCGAUAACAAAAACUAUCCGAAAAAAAACUAUUAUGCAAUAAAAACAAAAGAAUGCUAAGAAUAUAAAUAAAUUUAAAUUCGAAUUUUGGUGGCAUUGAUUAAAUACACUUUUAACCAUUCACAUUUCGAAUGAACGGCACAACGAUUCACGUUCAUCUAUGAAAAAGCGGAAAUCAUAAAUCUGCUUGAGGAGACGGACACGACGGAAAAAAAACAAUACUUUUGAAAACGGCAUACAAAAAAGCAUAUAAGAAACAAGCGGAUAGCACAUUUGUAACAUUUUCGACUUCAAACGACAUGCCACAGUAAUCGCGAGAAAAAUUGUUGUUCGAAAGCCGAAAAAGUUACCCCCAAAAGUCCGAUAGCUACCACCGACACAAGCGAAAACUGGAGAGAGAUAAAAAAAAGUGAACACGAACAUCAAACAUAUACAAUCACGAAAUAUGUAUGUGAAACAAAUUGGUCCCGGUGAAACUAGAAUAACCGACACAGCCAUAAAUUAAAUGCAUCUUGACCAUAAAUAUAUAAAUCGAAACACCAACAGCCCGAGUAUCCGACAUACGGAAUAAAUAUAAAAAUCCGUUGCUGAGGCCGCAUGAAAAAUAGCCGCUUGGAUAGCAAAAAACGAGAAAGAAGUUCAGCACCGAAUACAACAUUUCGGAAAAUAUUAUCGAAAUUAUUAUACAACUCACGAGUGCGACGAGUUGGGAAACACAACAAAAAUAAAGAAAAAUAAAACACCCAAACACGUAGAAUCGAUGAAGAAAAACAAAUCGAUCUUGAUAAUUUUAAUGCCAAACACGAACAUCUACUGAGCACACAGACUCACAUCAAAUUUUCAGAAAAACGAUCCAGCAACACGAACCGCAUCAUCAACAAAUUCCGUGUUUCCCAUCGAAUUCUCCAAUUUUUUUCUGUCAUUUCUUACUAUUUUUCUAUAUUCUGUUCGUCAUCAGUCCAUUCAGAAGUUUUGAUUCGUCGAUGAAUGGGAGAAAUGUAGACAUUUGAGUUUCCUCGAAUUCUAAACUAGCAAAAAAUUGCAACAAAUAAAAAUCGAAAUUCAUAAAUUAAAAUUGGAAGAAAAAACAGCAACGACGUGAAUAGUAGACGUUGACUUUACGUUACAUAUCGCGUUCAACGGAUUGCCUUUUCCGUCGUUUUAUCAUUGUUUGAUGAAUUAAGCCGACUUAAAUAUUUUCAUAUUCAUCAUCAUGUUUUGGGUGAGACAUAUAUUGGUACUUCUACUGGCUUCCACAUUGGGAAGUGUAUGUGUUCGCAGUGAAAAAAGUAAACCACAAACAAUGCAUUCGGCACAGAAUAUCGCUGGUGCUAUGAAAUUGGGCGCAUACACGGGAACCGGUAGCAGUAGUUUAAACAGUGGGACUGGAGUCGAUGCACAGCUCAAAUAUGACGCGCCAGACGAUUGUCGAUUUUUCAUCAAUCAAAUGGAAGAGGUGUCGUUGGCAUGCAAUUUACGCACUAUCAACAGUGAAUUCGAUACAACAAAUUUCAGUGUAAUUCCGUCAGAGCAUACAAUUUCGUUGACUAUUUUGUGCAACGAUACGAUCAUGGCAAAAAGUGCACUAGAACCGAGGAGUUUUCAACAUUUGACUCGGCUGAGAGAUCUCACCAUCGACCAUUGCAAAUUCGCUAAAUUUGGACAAGAAGUUAUGCUGGGCUUGAAUGAUUUACGUAAUUUAACUAUACGCACAUACAAUAUCAAUUGGCCCGCGCUCAGCUUGGAUAUAGAAAUUGAUUCAUUUGUGCACACCAAAGGUCUAGAACGAUUGGAUCUUAGUUUGAACAACAUCUGGUCAUUGCCCGAAAAUCUUUUUUGCAGUUUGAGCGAUUUGAAUUUUUUGAAUAUCAGUGCUAAUCGACUGCAGGACAUCAAUGAUUUAGGAUUCCGCGAAAAACCAAAGGGUGAGCAAUCCAAUGGAAAUGUGACGAAUGAAUCAUCAACGACAAGCAGUUCCACCAAAAACAAUGCAGUUCCGGACGGUGUUCAAAGGAUUAGUUCGAAACAACCGUGCAUUUUGGAUAUUGAAACAUUGGAUGCAUCCUAUAACCACUUCGUUCUAUUGCCAGCAAAUGGGUUUGGCCAAUUAAAACGCCUAAAGCAUUUGAAAUUGCACAACAACGAAAUCUCCAUGGUCGAUGACAAAGCGCUUGGCGGUUUACGAAACCUCCAAAUAGUUGAUCUAAGUUCGAAUAAAAUCGUUGCGCUGCCAUCGGAAUUGUUCAAAGAUCCAGCUCAGUCCAUUCAGGAAGUCUACUUACAAAAUAAUUCAAUUAGCGUGCUGUCGCCGAAAUUGUUUUCAAACUUAGAGCAAAUUCAGGCACUCGAUUUGGCCAACAACAAAUUGACCUCCGGUUGGAUUGAUAAAAACACAUUUGCGGGUCUCAUACGUUUGGUGUUGUUGAAUCUGUCGAAUAAUAAAAUAACCAAUCUUGAGCCGGAAAUUUUUUCGGAUUUGUACACACUUCAAAUCUUAAAUCUUCGACACAAUCAACUGGAAUCAAUUGCAGCUGACACAUUUGCACCGAUGAACAAUCUACACACGCUAUUGUUGUCACACAAUCGAGUUAAAUAUUUGGACGCGUAUUCGCUGAAUGGAUUAUAUGUGCUAUCCUUGCUAUCGCUCGACAAUAAUGUACUGACCGGCAUUCAUCCGGAGGCUUUUCGUAAUUGCAGCUCACUUCAAGAUUUAAAUCUCAAUGGCAACGAAUUGAGAACCGUGCCUUUGGCAUUAAAAGAUAUGCGUCUGCUACGCACAGUUGAUUUGGGUGAAAAUCAAAUCGUAUCGCUAGAUGAGCCCGGCUUUCGUGGCAUGUCCAAUCUGUAUGGAUUGCGGUUGAUCGGCAAUAAUUUGGAGAACAUUACAAAAAAUGUGUUCAAAGAUUUGCCAAGUCUGCAAAUUUUGAAUUUGGCACGCAAUAAAAUUUCGUUCGUCGAAUCGGGCGCAUUUGAAAUGACAUCAAGCAUUCAGGCAGUACGUCUCGACGGCAAUUACCUCACCGAAAUCAACGGACUCUUCGCCCACAUGCCAAAUUUGUUAUGGCUUAAUAUAUCUGAUAAUAGACUCGAGCAUUUUGACUACUCGCAAAUACCGUUGAGCUUGCAAUGGCUCGAUUUGCAUAAGAAUGAACUUAUCGAAUUAACAAAUGUGUAUGGUUUAGACAAUCAAUUGAAAUUACAGACAUUGGAUGCAAGUUUCAAUCGAAUCGAAAAAGUGACACCAACAUCAAUACCAAACAGCAUCGAGUUACUAUUUUUCAAUGAUAAUCUCAUUACAACCGUCGAACCGCAUACAUUCAUGCAAAAAACGAAUUUAACCCGUGUUGAUUUGUAUGCAAAUCAAAUAACAAGUUUGGAUGUGAAAGCGCUCCGCUUACAACCCGUUUCAACAGCCAAAAUGCUACCCGAAUUCUACAUUGGCGGAAAUCCCUUCAUAUGCGAUUGCAAUAUCGAUUGGCUACAGAAAAUUAAUCAGGUUGAAUCUCGUCAAUAUCCACACAUCAUGGACUUGGAGACAAUCUACUGUAAGCUGUUGCACAAUCGUGAUCGUUCGUUUAUACCAUUAAUCGACGCCGAACCGGUGCAUUUCCUUUGCACUUAUAAAACGCAUUGUUUUGCGUUGUGUCAUUGUUGCGACUUCGAUGCAUGUGAUUGUGAAAUGACGUGCCCAGCCAACUGUACUUGCUUCCAUGAUCAAUCUUGGUCAACGAACGUCGUCGAAUGCUCAGCAGCCGGAUACGCCGAAAUGCCAACCAACAUCCCAAUGGAUACGACGGAAUUGUACAUUGAUGGCAACGACUUUGGUGAGCUUAGUGAACACAGUUUCAUCGGUCGCAAGAACCUCAAAGUGUUGUACGCAAACAAUUCAAACAUUCAAGUGAUCUACAACACGACAUUCCAUGGACUUAAAAAGCUGACCACACUGCAUCUCGAGGAUAAUAGAAUUUUACGGUUGCAGGGCCAGGAGCUUAGUGCACUGGAGAAUUUACGCGAAUUGUAUUUGCAGAAUAAUCGCAUCUCGUUCAUUGGAAACCGAACGUUUGCCGAAUUACGUAAACUUGAAGUGCUUCGUUUGGACAACAACAAAUUGGUACACUUUGAAAUAUGGCAGCUUACACUGAAUCCGUAUCUCGUGGAAAUCGCAUUGGCUGACAAUAUGUGGUCAUGCGAAUGCAAUUACUUGCACCGUUUUCGCAAUUACCUGCAAACAAAUACGGAGAAAAUCAUCGACUCGAGUCGCAUUGCCUGCAUUUAUAACAAUUUAACGAGCGUGCUUAAAGAUAAAAAUGGCUCAAAAUGCACACUCAAAGACGGUGUAUCGACGAUUGUAAGGCCGCAAGACAUUGAAAAUUUAUUGCCACUCUUGCUAGCGGCUACGUGCGCAUUUGUCGCUUUCUUCGGCCUGAUCAUUGGAAUGUUCUGCUAUCGCAAUGAGCUAAAACUCUGGGCUCAUACUCAUUGUCUUCCCAUGACCAUGUGCUACAAGUCGGCGGCUUUCGUCGACGAUUACGAUAAGGAUCGCUUGUAUGAUGCCUACAUCGCCUACAGUUUGCAAGACGAACACUUUGUUAACCAAAUUUUGGCAAACACAUUGGAAAAUGACGUUGGAUACAGAAUGUGCCUGCACUAUCGCGACUUCAACGCAAAUACCUACAUUGCUGAUACGAUGAUUGAAGCGGUAGAGAGUUCAAAACGUGCCAUUCUCGUGCUGUCGCGGAAUUUCUUGUACAACGAAUGGUCUCGGUUUGAGGUCAAAAGUGCCAUUCACGAAGUGCUCAAACGACGAAGAAAAUUAAUAUUCGUUCUUUACGGCAAUUUACCCCGUCGGGACAUCGACGCCGAUAUGCGUAUGUAUUUACGAACCAAUACUUGCAUCGAAUGGGAUGAUAAAAAGUUUUGGCAAAAGUUACGCCUUGCCAUGCCACAAAUUCGCAAGAAUAACGGUCUAGCCAAACGAUCAGCGGUCAACAUUUAUGCAACAGCCGCACAAAACUACAAUACAGCCCAACGUCAUCAUACCGAUUACGGUAGACAUUUAACUAAUUUAGACUGUAAUAAUUAUGCAACGAUAAACGAUUGUGUAGCAGCCAGUAGUAUAGGCUACGGUGCGACGUCCGCUAAUCGCGACAAAUACGAAGCAGUCAAUUGCUACAGCACAAACGAGCGUCGACCAUUGCCACCGCCCGUCUUGCCGGGCGGCAAAUCACACCACCACCACCACGAAUACGCGGUGCCCACGAACUGUAAAGACGAGUAUGACUCUAACACCAAUAACAGCGGGGCCAGCAGCAAUAGUGGCAAACAUCCAUCUAAACAUCACCAUCAUCAGAGCAGUAAUAGCAGCGCAAGUACAGGUAUUAUCGGCAAUAAUAUUGUAUCAAAUCAAAAUUUACCACUCAGUCUGGCCGAACCAAACAGCUACAAUACCAGUGCUAACAACAGCAUUUGUGCUAGCAAUUGUUGCAAUGACGAAGAAUGCUGCAACAACAAAUGUGAUUUAAAUUGUACGCUCGACAGGCGAUUACCGCAAGCGAUGUGGGCUUAGUUUUAGGAUCAGUUAUUGAAAACUCGAAUGCAAAUACUAAAAAACAAAACAGAAAUUAAAAAGGAUUUUUUUUAAAUACCUAUAAAAUGAAAUUAAGUGGAAUGUGAAAAGAGUCUGGGGUAGAUGGCAUCGAAUGCAAUGAUCAAGCACCCGUUGCAUACGUACACACACACAUACACACAUUUACCUCGGCACGACGUGAUGCAUUUUCCAUAACAAGAUUAGCUAGAAUUUUAAGUAAUAAAUUAUCCUAUGAAUGAAUACCCAAUUCUUUUUUAUUCAAAAAUGUUUUUUCAACAUUCAAAAUGAAACAUAAAUUGUAAAUACUCGAUUAUAUUUAAAACGAUGAAAUGAUAAAAUGAACUAUGUCAAUAUAGAAUUUAUUUCGAUUUAAACAAACACCUUCAAAGAAAUCAUAAAUAUUAUUUAAGAUUAUUCUGAUCGAUAUCUAUCACCCGCACAUAAGUAAAACUACAAAACGACACAGUUUUAAGUACUCGUCACAAAGAAGUAAAAAGUACCAGCCAAAUUCAAUUGCAUAAACAAUUGAUGCGCAAAUUGUUGUGUAAUCAUUUCAAUAAUUAAUCGUUCAAUGUUAAGUGAAAUGAAAUUUAAUUGCAAUAAAAUUGAAUCCUCUAAAGUAGAUGUAAUAAAAAACAACAAAAAGACUAAUUAAAUCCUAGGAAUUUAUGAUUAAAUAUGAGGAAAGUAGCACAAAACGCCAUGAAAAUAACACACCAUCUCUUUGGUGACGAGCUGACAUGUAUCUGUUGCGAAGCUAAUGGUCGGUUUGUGAGAUAAUUUUUCUUAAGAUAAUUUAUCUGAUUGUAAAAUAUUCUAUCUUGUUAUUAUUUCCUAGAUUAUUAUUUGCAAUGAAUGCGAAAAGUAACAGAGAUAACAGAUUAUUAUAACGCCUAAUUUUUUUUGAAUUGAUCUGCAGAAAUGUUGAAUAAAAAAGUACGUAUACUUAUUAUAUACGAUAAAGAGAAAUCGAAAAAAAUGGUCGUUUUAAAUGGGACUUAUGACACAGUUUUUAGUUGUGUCUUGAUUUAUUUUUAUUUUAUUUUUCUUCAUUUUUUAGUAUAGCACCACAACUUAGAUGAAUUUCUCGAUUUCACAAUGAAACGUGGCCCAACAAAGGUAAAAACAAUGGUACACAAACAGCAAGCAUACUUGAUUAUGACACUUGCAUAAACAUAAUCUAGUCUUGAAUAACUGAAAAAUAUGUAUAAAAAAGUUGCUGAAGAGAACACGCAAUUGUAAAAUGGAUGGAGCACAAGUAUUGCGGUAUAUGAAUGGGAUAAAUUGAUGAUCAUCUUUGAAUAAUGCACUUGUACUUUUUGAAUUGAAAACAAUAAAUUGUGUUGCGUGUAAGAGCCAAUGCGCAACCAAUUACAAAUAACUGAAUGUUCACUCUUAAACAAAAAAAUAAAUGUUUGUGUGGUAAAUACAAUAAAACAAAUCAAAGAAAAAACAAACAAGAAAACUAUCAACUAUUCAUUAUAUAAUUGAUAACAUAAUAGCAAACAAUCGAAUGUCAUAAAUAACAUGCGGGGUCGAUAACACAGCCACGACGAUGUCUAAAGCACAUCCAAUGUCAAUACACAUACACACAAAAUAUAAAGAAAGAAUUCGAUAUUCCUUAACCACUGCCCGUUCGAAUGAAGAUCGAUGAGAAAAGAAACCCAAUAGAAAAGGUGAGAUAAAGAGAAUUAAAUCAAUUUUGAUCUGCCGAAAGAAGAAGAAAAAAACAUUUCAUCGACAGCAUAGCAUCAAUAUUAAUUAAGAAUUAUAAAAAAAAACUGUUGAAUUUCGCAACACUCAUCAUCAAACUAAAGCAACCGCAAGAAAGAUUCACGCUCUCAUUCCUCACACAAACAUAUUAUACAUUCAUACUGAAACAUGACGUAAGCAAACGUAAACCCAUCCGGAAAGGUUUAUCACAUUUUUAUAUUAGUGAAUAACACAUGUUAACGAUCUGAUUAUCUAUUUACAAACAAAUUACUACAUUGAAAUUAUACAUAUGCAUGCCAUUCUAUUCCAUAUUCAUUAAAAAAACACAUUCAUUUUAUACAUACACUUCUGAAAAGUGCGACGAAACGAACGACUGGAGAGAAAUGGUAAAAAUCAGAAGUUUCGCACACCAACCGUGUAAAUGCAACACGAACCGCUUCCGAAUCCAUUGUCUUGUAUUGUUUGAUAUCUUCAUCCGCUCUGAAAAAGAGAUGCCCAUUUCUUCUAAUUUAUACGGGAACCAUGCAUUUUUUUGGAUUAAAUUGUAAUUGUUCUUACCAAUUGAAUACAGUCGCUGAUUGUCACUACAUUCGUUUAGAGUGGUCAGAAUGGCAGGGGAAUCAACGCACUGAGUUUUACGCCUACAUCCAAUUCUUCAAAGAGAUACAUAAAUAUGAACUGAACUAGAACAUUCAUUCCAUGUUCACAAUGAAUGCACGAAACGUUGCAUCUUUAGCAGAUAAAUUCACUUUUACAUAAAACGUACGUCGUACGGACAUCUCUGUUAAUUGAUUCAUUGAUAAAAUUACAAACUACUAAUUAUCUAUCUAAUGUGACAUACCAAUUCCAGUUGUCCUCUAUCAACAAGAGAGCAUUUUAAGAUUUGGUGUCCGCAGUAAUUGAGCGUACGUUUUUAGGUGUUAAUGAAACGGUUUUGAUAAUAAUUUAUGCAAUUUUGAAUUUAUGACCAAUUGAUUUUUUUCGACGAAUUUCUAUGCGGAAUUCAAUUGGAAAUUUUCUUUUGCAAGAAUAAGGAAAAUGGGAUUCGGUUUUUAGAAUAAUGUCAGAAGUCAGAAUAAAUACAAAAAUCCAGAUGUAUUGUUGUCAGGUUCGAGUUCAUCUGUUCCGACACAUUAGCAUAUACCACACAAUCACAUAGAAAUCAAAUUUAGCCAAGAAUUUUAUGAUCAAACUGAAAUGAUAGAAAGAAGUCUCUAUAUGAAUAAAUCAUAAAUGUAAUAUAUUAUUUACGAACCGAUAAUAAAAAUUUAUUUAUUUUCCUUAAUUCAAUUCAAA